AUGGUGCUCACUCAGCUCCGUCCGGCCUCACGGCUUCUCUCCCUUUCUUCCACAUUGCCACCCAGGCCACCAUCACUCUCCACGACCCACUUGCCCCGCUUCCGGCGAUCACUCGCUACGCUGGGUAUCCGCCGCGAGGAUCCACGUCGCGUAUGGGAACGCCGUGCCCCACUGACGCCUGACGCGGUCCGCGAGCUGGCGGGUACAGCCAGUGUUGAGGUUGAGAGCUGUGCGCGUCGCUGCUUCCCGGACGAGGCCUACAAAGUGGCUGGAGCUCGCAUAGUUCCCAAGCUCACAGGUGAAGUCGACGUCGUUCUUGGUAUCAAGGAGCCCCGCCUCCAGGACGUCCGUGACAUCAUCGACACCGAUAAGGGCAAGAAGCGCACUUGGAUGAUGUUCAGUCACACCCACAAAGGCCAGCCGUACAACACUGCGCUCCUGUCCUCCUUCCUUCCUCCAACUGCGGGGCAGACCCUGAUCGACCACGAGCUGCUGACCGCCCCCACGAAGGACGGUUCACUCAAACGAGUCGCUGCUUUCGGGUGGUAUGCGGGAGCUGUUGGAGCAGGCGAGGCUCUGAGUCUGACUGGUCUGGCGCUUCUGAAGCGCGGCGUCGCUCAUCCACUUUUGCACCUUCCGCGCCCGUAUUCCUUUACCGAUCUCAAUGACUUCAAGGCUGCGCUUAUGGCUACUGGCAAGGCAUGUGCCGAUGCACCAGCUACACAAACUGGGCCGGUCGUUAUUGGCCUCACAGGUGCCGGAAACGUCUCAACUGGCAGUCGCGACAUGCUCGAAGCUCUCGGAGCCCGUUGGGUCAAGGUUGACGACCUCGCAAACCUCCCCAACAGCUCCGAGAUUUACGCCUGUCAGAUCCCCCCCUCGGCCUACUUUGAGCGCAUCGCUGGGGGCGGCUACGACAGGAAGGAGUACUACGACCAGCCCGAGCUGUACCACAGCAUGUUUGCCGAGAAGAUUGCCCCGUACCUCACCACUGUCAUUCAUGGCGCUGGAUGGCAGCCUGGAUACCCUCGUAUCAUGAGCAACGCUGAGACCAACAACCUCAUCAAGGCAAUGGGUGGUCGACAGAAGUUUGUGGCUCUCCAGGACAUUACUUGUGAUCUCGAGGGCGCAUUCGAGUUUAUGAACCAGCACACCAGCAUCGACACCCCGUCCUUUGAGGGCCCAGGCGAUAUCCUUGUCGGCGCUACGGACAUUCUCCCCACAGAGCUUCCUAGUGACGCCUCGGCUCACUUCUCCCGCUGCCUCCUCCCCUACGUCACUCGUGCACUCCAGCAUGCCGAUGGCAAGGCCACCGCCGCCGCGGAUGAGAUUGAGGCCACUAUCAAGCGUGCCCAAAUUGUCCUGGAUGGCCACAUCCAGCCCAAGCACGAAUGGCUCCAGAACAAGGUGGCGGCAUACCGCGCCAAGGAGCUGUCCGCUGGUAAACAGAAGCAGAUCCUCUUGCUUGGCAGCGGUCUCGUCGCUGGUCCCGCCGUGGACGUAUUCCUCAAGCGUCCCGAUGUGUCCCUUGUCAUUGCCAGCAAUAAUGCGGCCGAGGCCCAGUCGCUCGCCAACAACCGCGACAAUGUCACCAUCUCGACGCUCGAUGUCUCUGACGAAGCGGCGCUCGGCAAGGCUGUCUCACAGGCUGAUGUUGUCGUCUCACUCCUCCCGGCGCCCAUGCAUCCCCAGGUCGCCAAGCACUGCAUUGAGCACGGCCGUCACCUGGUGACUGCGUCGUAUGUGUCGCCUGAGAUGAAGGCUCUGAAUGAUGCCGCACUCGAGCAAGACGUCCUCCUCCUCGGCGAAUGUGGGCUUGACCCCGGAAUCGACUCCAUGGCCGCCAUGCGUAUCCUCGAGCGGGUGCAGCAUGAGAACAAGCGCGUGACCUCGUUCAUCUCGUGGUGCGGUGGCCUCCCCGAGGCGAGCGCCAGCAACGUUCCGCUGGCGUACAAGUUCUCCUGGAGCCCCAAGGCUGUGCUCACUGCGGCUCUCAAUGAUGCCCACUACAAGCUUGACGGAAAGAUCCAGCAGGUUGCCGGCAAGGACCUCCUGGCCGAACACUUCCCCAAGGCCCCCCUGUGGCGUGGCCUCGCGCUCGAGGGUCUUGCCAACCGCGACUCGCUGCCGUAUGCUGAGAAGUACGGUCUCGGACCUGUCGAUGGCCUGCGUGACUUGUUCCGUGGUACUCUGAGGUACCAAGGCUUCUCCGCCCUCCUCGAUUCGUUCAGCCGCCUUGGUCUCCUUGGCACCACGCCGCUGAAGACCAACUGGACCUCGUGGCCCGCCUUCCUCGCUGCUGCUAUUUCUGAGAAGCUCGGCACGACCAUCGCCGAGGCUGAUGUGCGAGCGACGAUCCACAAGGUCCUCGGUGACAAGGGCAAGGAAACAAUCGAGGCUCUUGAAUGGUUCUCCCUGCUGGCGCCUUCGACUCCCAAUUCGUCGCACGCCCCACCGGCCAUCCCCAACUCGACAACUCCCAUCGACCUCAUGUCCACCCUCCUCUCGCGGAAGCUGGCCUAUGAGAGCGGCGAGAAUGACUCUGUUCUCCUGCACCACGCCUUCAAGCUCGUUCCUAAAGAUGCAGCACCGGGAACGCCGGAGCAGACCGUCACUGCCUCGUUGCUCUGCAACGGAACUGCCCAGGCAAGCGCCAUGUCCACCACUGUUGGGUGUACACUGGCCUUUGCGGCCUUGAGGGUCGCAGAUGGCCAGGUCAAGGGCCGCGGUGUGCGGGGUCCUUACGACAAGGAUGUGUGGGAGGGCGUGCUGGACGAGUUGGAGAAGAUUGGGGUGGAGGUCAAGGAGACUUGGGCGUAA